AUGUGCUGUUGCUGUCCUUGCAAUAUACAUAGACAUCAAAUACAUUUGAUUAGUUAUGGAUUUGUAGCAUUAAUACUUAUUAUAACUGGUUUAGUUUUUACUAUAUUUGCAAUUUUUCAAAAAGAUUCUCAAAUUGGAAAAAUAUGGUUAGCAGGACCAACAACAAUGGUAGUUGGAUUAGUUUUAUGUGGGAAAGUUAUUAUAGAUUGGGCACCUGCUAUGUAUAGAGGUCGUCAUAACUCUAUAGAUUCAAUUUUUGAAGAACAGAUGGCUUUAAUGACACCAAGAAAUAAUAAAAGAUAUGUGCCUUUAACACCACAAAUUUCUGGACCUGGAUCAUUUUCACCAUAUAUCAAAUGUCAAAAUAUCAAUUGUAGUUGUCCACAUCAUAUUAGAAGAAGUCCAGCAUCAUAUGUAAAUACAGAAUUUACCAAUUCAACACCUAUAUCUAUUUAUUCACAUAGAAAUAAUAUUCAAGAUUCACCAUCAUCAAAUUCUACUGUUGGAAAAAAAAGUAAUCAUAAUAAGUUUAAUUUUAAUCACAUUCCACCAAUUAUUGGAUAUCAAGAAAAUGAUGAAUUUUAUAAAAAAUAUAAUCAUGAAACACUAUCUAAUAAAUCAUCAAAUAUUCCAUUAGAAUUGGGAAAUAAUUCAAAUUUAUCACACCAACAACCAAUAUCAAAUUAUAGAAGAUUUUCUGGUUCAUUAACAAAAUUACCUAAUUUAUAUACUACAACACCAUCAAAAUUAUCACUUAAUAUAUAUGGGAAUAAUAAAUUAACUAAUAAUAUUAAUAGUAAUAAUACAAAAUAUAAUAAUUUUUGUAACAUGUCAUUUUUAAAAAAUAAUGAAUGUCGCAAAACUAAAAAAUGUUAUCAUAAUAAUAAAAUUAAUGAAGAAUAUGAUAAUUGUCAAAAUUUUGAAAUAUAUACAAAUAAACAACAUAAAGUUGGAUUAUCUAAAAAUGGAAAUCAUCAACAAAUUCUUUCUACAAUUAAGCCAGUAUCUCCAACACUUAAUUGUAUAAAUUCUCCAUAUGUCGUGACACCGGAACCAUCAACAAUAGAAGAGGAAUCAUUAUGUAAUAGCACAUUCUCACAUAAUUGUUUAUGUACUCAAGAAUAUAGAAGUAAUAGUCAAAAUUCAGUAUUAGAUUUAAAGAAAGAAGGCACUUCAUCACUAUACUCUUUACCAUCAGUUGUCUCCGGAAAUGAAAUAGUUAAUUAUAAAAACCAUUCUUGUUAUCAAGGAGAAACGUUUAUAAUUAAUGAACAUAAAUAUUUAAUAUAG